GGAAGAGUGCUUCGGACACCUGCGAGCAUGACUCGGCCGCGGCAGCACACACGGCACUAGUGCACGCAAGUGUAAAUCUUAACUUGGUAUAUAUCAACAAACCGAGGCUGCAUGGAGCGCCAUCCUAGCGCUGUGUGUGUAGUGUGUACCUUCCCUCCCUAACCCUAUACUUCCCCCGGCACAGGCACCUGUCACGCACCGCUUUCCGGACUCGGACGAUCUACGCAUCUGACUGGCACCCACUCAGACGCGUUAGGGGUAUACGACUUCUGGUUAGUCUCCCACUGUCUCCGGACAGCAAUGGCCGCAGAGCAGUUCGAUGACACGUGGAUAUGGCACCCCUCCUUCACCGAAGAGAGGGCUGACACAGCCGGGCUGUUGGUCCAUUUUCGGAGAGACCUUGUGCUCGACGGAGAGCCCCCCGAGAGCGUGAAGCUCCACCUGACGGCCGAUACGCGGUACAAGCUCUUUGUCAACAGCCGGCUCGUCACCUUCGGCCCCGUCAAGGGAGACUUGAGCAGGUGGUUCUAUGACGAAGUCGACAUCGGCCCGUUUCUCGUCCCGGGCACAAACCGCAUCCGCGUCCUGGUGCUGCGCUUCUUCAACUCCACCUACUACGCUGCCACCUUCCCCCGCGGCCCGGUGGGCGGCCUCCGGAUCGUGGCCGCCGACAAGCAAAACGAGGACACCAGCGGAAGCUCGCUGGCGCACGAGCUCCGCGGCGGUUCAGCAUGGGAGACCGCCAUUGAUCCCUUCACCAUUCUCCCCAUUAACGAGCCCGAGGAUGACUUCCUGCAUACAUACGAAAGAGUUACCCGGCCGGCCGGCCAGGAGCUCGAGUGGGUCGCUGCCCGGAGUCACCGCUUCCAAAAAUCCACCGGCGUCGUGCCACCAUGGCAUCUGUCCCCGCGCCUGAUUCCGCGCAUGGCGCUCAAGACGGCACACUUCACAUCCCUGCACAAUGUUCAAAGCAGGCUCCCUCUGGCGGACUGGGAGGCGGUGCUCGUUCACGGCGGCGGUGGUGCCGAGGACCGCUCGGAGACAAGCCCCCGCGGCGGACUCGUGCUCCCGGCCGGAUCCAGCCACCGCAUUGACAUCGAGGCGCCGCACCACAUGACGGCCUUUCUUCGCUUCCGGUUCGGGCGGUCCUCGACCGCAGGGAGCAAACUGUCUGUGCGGUACGCCGAGAGCUACGAGGACACCCCCGUGCUCGUUCCGUAUCUGAGGCGCAAGGGCCACCGGUGCGACUACAGCAAGUCCCUGUUCGGGCCCGUGGACCAGUACGAGUUGCAAGGCGCAGCACCUCCGGAGCAACUGCUGGGCCACUACGCAGACGAAGAAAACCGAGAGGUUUUCGCGCCCUUCCACUUCCGGUCCUUCCGCUUCCUCCAGCUCACCAUCGACGUCGGGCCGUCCGACCUCGUCUUUGAAGGCGUCGACGUCCAAGAGGCCAACUACCCCCUCGAUGUAGUAGCCAGCGCCCAAGCCGCCGGCCCGGACGCCGCAGGGAUGGACAAGCUCUGGUCGACCAGCGUGCGGACCCUGGUCAACUGCAUGCACGACACGUACGAGGACUGCCCCUUCUACGAGCAGCUGCAGUACGCUAUGGACACGCGCAGCACCAUCCUCUUCACGUACUACGUGUCGGGGGACGACCGGCUCGCGCGCCAGGCCAUGCUGCAGCUGCGGGACUCGUUCCAGCCGGGCCUGGGCCUGACGUCGAGCCGGGCGCCGGCGCACAAGCCGCAGGUCAUCCCGCACUUCUCGCUCUUCUGGGUGGCCAUGCUGGCGGACCACUGGGCCUUUUUCGGGGACGCGGCGUUCCUAGCGCCGUUCGGGCCCGUCGUCGACGCCGUGCUGGGCUACUUCGACGCCCGCGUCGACCGCGCCGCCACGGGCCUCGUCGUCUCAGACAACCGCGACGGCGUCUGGAACUUUGUCGACUGGACCGAGCAGUGGCGGCCCUACGGCAUCCCGCCCGCCGCUGUGCGCACCAGCGUCUGCACGUACACGAACCACCUCUACGCGUACGCGCUCAAGCGGGCGGCCGAGCUCGCGCGCGUCGCCGGCCGCCCGCAUCUGGCCGAGGAGUAUGUGGAGCGCGCGGCGGGCGUUGUGCGCGGGCUGAGGGCCCACUGCUUUGACAGGACCUUCUUCACGGACAGCCUGGCGGCCGGGGCGGACGCGGCGGGCGACUACAGCGUGCAUAACCAGGUCUGGGCCGUCCUGAGCGGGGCGGCGGCGCCCGGGCCGGCUGCCAGGGACAUGCUCCGACAUUGUCUGUCCGGUGAAACAAACGGCCGGUUCGUGCAGGCGUCCGUGUCCAUGGCCUUCUACACGCUGCGGGCGCUGAGCGCCGUCGGCGGCGGGCUGUACGACGAGCUGUUUCACGGCUUCUGGGCGCCCUGGCGUGCCCAGUUGGACAACGGCGUGACGACAUGGGAGGAGGACGCUGUCUCGCAGCGGUCCGACUGCCACGCCUGGGGCUCGGCGCCUCUGUACGAGCUCACGGCCGAGGUUGCCGGGGUGAGGCCGGCCGGGCCGGGCUGGGCGGCCGUCUGCGUCGAGCCGAGGCUCGCGCUGUUCCCCGAGUUCAAGGCCGCAGUGCCCAUGAAGGCGGUCGACGGGUCCCCCACCGGGAUGGUUCAUGUCAGCUGGCGGGGAGUCUCGCCUGGCGUGCAGAGCGUGGCGCUGCGCGUGGAAUUGGCCGAUCCCGCCGUCACGGUGCCUGUACAUGUCAAGCUGCCGGGGCAGCCGGUGCAUGUUCUGGACAGCUCCAGUCCCAUGGACUUUGUGGUCCGGCGCUCAACACAAAAAGCUGUCGUGGAGCAAAACUGA